CAACUCCGCUCACUCUCACUUUCUGGCAAAACCACCCCAAAAACAUCCCAAACACAGUCUUUUCUACUUCUCUUACUUUCUCUCUCCUGGCCAAGAGUGAUGGAGGCGACGCAGCGAAGACUGCGAAUUAACUUCCAGGAUCGUCUGAUUUUAAGCAAAACCCAGAAAAAGAAUGGGCUCAAACAUUCAUGGGUUCUUCUCAAACCCCAAUUUCAGACCAUCUCUGACGUCGUUUCAUAUCUUCUUCACUCCUUUGACCUCUUCGAUUCCUGCCCUAAUGGCAUCAUACUCUCUAUGGACGGCUUUGCUCUUCCACCAUUCGAGUCAACUGCCAUUUUGAAGGAUAAAGAUGUAAUAAGUGUGAAAAGGAAAGGAACAGGCAUGUGUGAUGCAACGAAGUCAAUUGAAGGGGCAAGGCAUUUCAUUGAAGAUGAAAUUGUAGAGAAGCGACCAUUACCUUCUGGUGUUAGGCUUUUGGCAAAUGAAGAAUUUGACAAAGAGACUGGAGGCUACCAAAGCGACAUUAACAAGGAUGAAGAGGCAGAGGAGCCGGUGCGAAUCGUUCAAGGUAGAGAUGUAGCUUCCAAGAAGAGAAAAGCAUCUGGCCAUAUUGAGAGCUCAAAGAAAAAAAGACGGCUCCAGGUAACACCUGAGAGUGUCCAGAAGAAAGAUGUUGAUCAGGCUAUCAAAACACCAAAGAAGAAAAGAAAACUUGCCGUUGGUCGUAAGCAUGAUGGGACUGUUGACUGCACAAAAAAUUCAGAGCCAGCAUCUAAGUCUAAUGAACUUGAGGAGAAAAAUGAAGAGACUAUACAUGCAUCUGGUGUGCCUGAUAAAGCUAAAAAGGCAUGCAGAAGCAGUCGCCGUAAGAAGUUGCAGAGGAAGUGGAAAAGAGUAGAAGGUGUCAAAAUUAACAUGGAUGAGGGUGAGAAGCAACCGACUGAUUCAGGAUCUAAAAAAGACCCGGGUGCUAACAUCGAACAGUUAGCUGAGGAGGAUAGUGACGUAGAUGGGGAUCUUGUUCCUGUAGAGAUUCGGCCUGGACACAUACGCUUCGCUCCUUCUGGCAAAGCAAAUGAUGCUCAAAAUGUUCAAGAAGCAAGUGGGUGGGAUGUUCAGUCAGCCCAAAAAAGUUCGUUGGAAGAUGACACUAUCCAGAAAAAUGAUAGCAAUGUUAACAAAAAUAAAGCAGCAAUGGAACCGUAUUGCUGGAAUGGAAUCACAAACAAAAAACAAGGUCAGAAAUGGGGCAAGGAAAACCAGUCAACCUCUUGGAAGGAAAACAGAGAUUAUAACAGCAAUGCUUCUAGUUCAAGGGCUGUCAGAAACCAUCCAUACCCCUCCUUGAAGGAACCAAGAGAUAACACAUGGGCUUCUAGAAAACAGCGGGCUAAAAGUGCUUCUGCAGUAUUUGAGAAGCUUCCGCCUCUAACUGACUUGCCGGAGGUAGGCGACGUCAUUGUGUAUCGUUUAUUGGAGCUGUCAUCAACUUGGACACCAGAGUUGACUUCAUUCCGAGUAGGGAAAGUUACAUGCUUUGAUCAAGAGUCGAAUAAAAUCAAGAUGGUUCCAGAACCAGAAUACCCACUUAAUCUUGAAAAGAAGGCAUAUGGUGAUGAUGAUGAGGACGGUGACUCUGGACAACCUCCACAGCCUUCUGUCUAUAAUGAAGAUGGAUCCUUAGAGAUAGAUUUCCCUUCCCUUGUUGAUGUACGUAUUCUGAAGCUUGGUGAGCCGAGUCGAUCUGCAGCAACUGGAGUCCCUGCAGCAGCAGCAGCUAAUGGUACCUCUGCCCUUUCAGAAGUGAGCAACACCAACCAAAAAGACGGAAAUAAGAAUGGUGCAUCAGAUACUGGCAAUCAAGAACUACAAACACCUGCUACUGAAAACGGGAAUCGAGAUGUGUGGGAAGAGAUAAGUGAUGCCUUUGCUGCAAAGAAAGCACAGCUUGCUCAAACAGAUAGCUGGAACAAGAAAGAGACUUCUUCGGCUAAGAAGUCAUGGUCCUACAAAACAUUAAGAGGCAGUGCAAUCGGCCCUACCAUGGCAAGGUUAAGAGCACAAAAUGGUGCAUGAACCCAUGCAAUACUCACCAUCAAUUUUGAAACCCCAGCCUCGAACAAUGAGCAUUGAACCUCUGGUCAUGCCACAUUAUUUUCGUUCUUUUUUCAGGCAUGUUAUGUAUAGCCUCUUUGCACCGGUCAGUUAUGCCUGUUUUGGGUUACAUGCUUAAAUUUCGAGGUUGUUAUGUUUCCCUCGGUGCAAUCUACGACCAAACUUGCAUCAAUGUUAUGUACAGCUAACAGACUUUGGGUAGAACACUACUUUUGAAUUUAUGCCUUAUCUUGUUUAGUUUAUUAUGUAAUCCAUCCUCCUUUUGAUAUCAUUAAUAUAUCUAAACGUUGAGUUAAUCCCGA